GGAAGGCAGAGCUGGGGCACUGUGAGGGUGGAACUGACAGGUGUUCAAAAGUCUUGGGGGUCACUGGGCAGAAAACGUCAAAGCAGACCUCACCUGACAAGUACAGUGAGACUGAUCUACUAAUUGUGGAUUUGACUGAGAGCUUGCUGAAGUCAGGGGAAAACUCUCAUUUCUUUGCAUAGGUGACUGAUUCUUUAGAUGUGUACCUGAUUCUCCCCUUCACUGUCUGAUAAAACAUCAUUUAUCAUGAGAACAUUUAUUAAAUCCUGGAUUCCUCAGUGUUUGUGGAUUCUCAGGUCACCUUGCAGAUCAUUCCAUGGAAACAACAGACUUCUUACAUCUCAGAUUGUUUCCCAUUAUGUAUCUAUAAUCCAGAAUAAAAAGGAACUGCCAGAAUAUUUCAACUUUGCAAGUGAUGUCUUAGACGAGUGGGCACAACUGGAAAAGGAUGGAAGAAAACCAGCAAAUCCAGCUUUUUGGUGGGUCAAUGACAAGGGAGAGGAGGUGAAGUGGAGCUUUCAGGAGCUGGGCUCUCUGUCCAGGAAGGCAGCCAAUAUACUUUCUGAAGCCUGUGGUUUGCAGAGAGGAGACAGAGUUACAGCAAUUCUGCCUCGUGUUCCUGAGUGGUGGCUCCUGAAUGUGGCCUGCAUGCGAGCAGGAAUUGUCUUUAUUCCAGGAACAUCCCAAUUAACAGCCAAAGAUAUCUCAUACCGACUCCAAGCUUCCAAGGCCAAGUGCAUCAUUACCAACGACACACUGGCACCUGCAGUGGAAUCUGUCCUGCCUGGCAACCAGUUCCUGAAAAGUAAACUCAUUGUAGGCCAAGGGAGCAGGGAUGGGUGGCUGAACCUCAAAGAACUCCUUGCGGUUGCAUCUGCUGACCAUCAGUGUGUCAAGUCGAGGAGUCAAGACCCAAUGCUGAUCUAUUUUACCAGUGGAACUACAGGCUUCCCAAAAAUGGCAGUGCAGUCCCACAGCAGUUAUGGCAUCGGGUUUGCAACCACUGGCAGGUAUUGGAUGAACUUGACUCCUUCAGAUAUAAUGUGGAAUACCUCUGAUACUGGCUGGGUAAAAGCAGCUUGGGGCAGUCUUUUUGCACCAUGGAUCUGUGGAUCCUGUGUCUUUAUACACAAUAUGCCACAGUUUAAACCAGAAGUUAUUGCAAAGACACUCUCAAGAUACCCCAUCACUGCCUUCUGCACGGCUCCCACCGCCUUCCGCAUGCUGGUCCAACAUGAUGUGAGCAGCUACAAGUUCCCGAGUCUGAAACACUGUGUAACUGGAGGGGAAGCACUCAAUCCUGAAGUGUUGGCGAAGUGGAAAAUCCAGACAGGGCUGGAUAUCCAUGAAGGUUAUGGCCAGAGCGAAACAGUGACAAUCUGUGCCAAUACUAAAGGAAUGAAAAUUAAACCUGGCUCUUUGGGAAAAGCUCUUCCCCCUUAUGAUGUGCAGAUCGUAGAUGACCAUGGGGCUGUUGUGCCUGCAGGAGAAGAGGGCACCAUUGGUAUCCGAGUGAAACCCACACGACCCUUCUGUCUGUUCUCCGAGUACUUGGAUAAUCCAGAGAAAACUGCUGCCUCUGUGCGUGGAGAUUUUUACCUCACUGGGGACAGAGGUGUUAUGGAUGAAGAGGGAUAUGUCUGGUUUGUUGGAAGAGCUGAUGAUAUCAUUAAUUCUGCAGGGUAUCGCAUUGGCCCAUUUGAAGUGGAGAGUGCAUUGAUAGAGCACCCAGCAGUCUCAGACGUGGCUGUUGUCAGCAGUCCUGACCCAGAGAGAGGGGAGGUGGUCAAAGCCUUCAUUGUUUUAGCGCCUGCUUUUAAAUCACAUGAUCCAGAAAAACUAAUUCAUGAGCUUCAACAACAUGUCAAGAAGGUGACUGCUCCUUACAAGUAUCCAAGGAAGGUGGAGUUUGUUCAGGAUCUGCCAAAGACAACUACUGGGAAAAUCCAGAGAAAUGUUCUAAAGAACAAAGAGUGGGGAAGAGCAUGACAACAGCAACAGAUUUGGAAAAUGAGAAGAAAAAGCAGAAUGACAACACCUGGAAAAAAAAACUGUGGAAGAAAAAGGAGAAAACAUUCUUGAGGAUAUGUGGCAUUGGAAUCACUUGCCAUUGACCUACAAAUUUUCUAAAGGAAGGAAGUUCAAAUAAUUCAAAGUGUGGAAUGGGAGAGAGAUAGACAGACUCAGG